GAUUUUCACAAAGAUAAGCUCACAUUUGAUGGUGAUUUUAUGCAGAAAUGUGAGAAAUUCCAAAAGGUUCAGAUACUUUUUCUUACCACUGAUUAUAUAACGGAAAUCAGGUUGCUUAAAAGUUGGUGGGGAAAAUUUGAUAUUUGAGCGUCCUGUAAAGUUGGUAGUGUUAUGUCCUUACCAUCCUUAUGCAAACUUAUUAUUACAGUUUGUUUUUAAGACGCCACAUGAUUGAUCGGACUCGUGAGGGUUAAGAUACAAAGCAGAACGUUUUGUGCAAAAAAUACAACAUGCAACUAUGUUUACAACUCAUGUAAACAUGUAAACUUUGAAACAAAAAAAUAUUUUUUUUUUUAAAAAAAUGCUUCUAUGCUGCACAGUACAUUUUUUGGCAAGACCCAACUAAGUCAAGUGAAGCUUUUGGGGGGUGGCAGUGCACAUCGCCCCCCUAAACCCCCCCCUUAAUUACGCCAAUGCAGGGAGCAGUACGUUUGUCCUCAAAAUCAAGCAACUUACACUAUGUUAUGAAAAAUGAAGCCACAAAUGAAACAUGAGGAAGUAAAAAGAAUAUUCUGUUAUUCUUUACCUAACACGAGAUUCAGUUUACCUAAAACGCGAGAAACAUGCGGAUGAAAAGGUUCAAUCGAAUGUUCCUCAAGACAACCUUUAAGCAGUACAUUCAUCUAAAAUACUGGUUAUUAGCAAGUGCUAUUUAAAAACGACUAAAUUUUCUGAUGUUCCACUAGUCUACUUUACCUUGCAGACUUGGCAGUCGUCCACAUAGACGAGCUCAAUUUCUUGUGGCUUUGCGGUGCUUUCUGCUAUGUAGUAGUUUUGACAGGUUAGGCUUCCUGAAUUCGCACAUUUAAGUAAGCGUUGCUAUAUUGUGACUACUUCCGGUUAAUCCUUUUCAGAAUAAAUAUCUUGCGUUGAACACAACUCGAAAUCUCGGGUGGUAAGAACAUUCUUCACAAAUAUAAAUAGACCAUCAUUAAAAUUGUCUUUAACUGAGGUGUCAUUACGGAAUGGAGACCGCUGACUAAUCUAAUUAUCAUAAAACCCCGAGUGUACUGCAGCAUCAAUAAGGAACCAAUGAAAACGCACUCAUUUCUAUUUUUUAACUUGACGAUACGACACUGUCGCGAAUAAUAAUUUCCUCACGGCCUGAGAGGAAUAUCGUUUGUUUUUAUUACUUAAAAGACUCAUUCUCCAAAAGUUUCUUUCGCUGUCAAAAUACCAUCGGUUUAAACCAGAAAAAGGCUGGCAGUGAUGGAGAAAGUAUUGGAAAUUGUCCAUUCUCACAACGCCUUUUCAUGGUCCUUUGGCUAAAAGGUGUGGUCUUCAACGUCACCACUGUUGACCUCAAAAGGAAACCAGCUGACCUUCACAACCUGGCCCCAGGGACACACCCACCCUUUCUCACAUUCCAGGGAGAGGUGCUGACUGAUGUCAACAAAAUAGAGGAAUACUUAGAGGAAACACUUGCUCCACCUAAGUAUCCCAAACUGGCAGUAAAGAACCGACAGUCCAACACAGCAGGAAAUGAUGUGUUUGCCAAGUUCUCGGCUUACAUUAAAAACACAAGUCCUGAUAAAAAUCAGCCUUUGGAGCAGAGUCUCAAUAAAGCUCUAGUAAAACUCGAUGAGUAUCUGUUGAGUCCGCUCUCAGAUGAGGAUCACCUUGUAAAUGGAGAAUCUACACGCAAGUACUUGGACGGUGAUGAGCUGACGCUAGCUGACUGUAACCUUCUUCCCAAACUUCACGUUGUCAAGGUGGUGGCGAAGAAAUACCGCAAUUAUGACAUCCCCUCCCAGUAUAGAGGCGUGUGGCGUUACCUCGGCAAUGCGUACAGCAGAGAUGAAUUCACCAACACUUGUGCAGCUGAUGUGGAAAUUGAGCUAGCUUACAAGGAUGUCGCUAAAACGCUCGGGAAAUGAGCAGUCAUACUUUAGAGUAGCUGACUUGCAUCGUUGAGGUCAUUAACUCAUUUACUCCCAGCCACUUUCACCGGAGCAAGGCCCUUCGCUCCCGGCCGUUUUACUGGAUUUUGACUGAUUUUGCAAGGCCCACAGAAAAUUCUGUUCUAUUGCUAUAUAAACAUGGAACCCACCAAAAGAAAGAUUAGACUCUCUUCUUUCAGCAGGAAAAAAGUUAGUUCAUAUCUUUUUCCAUUCUUUACAAAUCAGCAUUAGAAAAGAGCUUAGUUUGAGCAAUUUUCCAAUCUCUGAUGAAAAACAGAGAAAUUGAGAUUUUUGUAAAAGCAUACAUUUCAAACAUAACUUUGACUUUAACACAGCUCUUUUUUGCUUUUGUGACAUGGCGGGCUACUAGUUGACUUUUUGAAUGAAAAUUUUACAAAUGUUAUUAAAACGAAAACAUUAUAGAGGGGUUUUAAUAUAAAAUUUCUAUAACUUGUACUAACAUUUAUCUUUUAAGAACUACAAGUCUUUCAAUCCAUGGAUCGCUUUAACAGAAUGUUAAUAAUGUUAAUCCCAUCUUGUUGAUUUAUUGUUAUAAUAAACAAAUACAGUACUUAUGUACCGUAUGUUGAAUGUAUAUAUCCAUCUUGUGUCUUAUCUUUCCAU